AUGACUUGUAUCUUGAACACAUUGUAUCUUCUUAACAUUGACCUGGCUUGCUUGCAGAUCAGCUUAAAUCAGCCUCAAAAGGAGGUUUCGGUAUGGAAAACCAAAGUCGAGAGAGAGAAAAAAGAGGCUUCUAAGCUGCAAGACCGGAUUGCUAGGUAUAAAUCCAAUCUUGCUGACCGUGAUCAAGAAAUCAGAGGAUUGAAUGAAGCAGUAUCUAACGCUAAUAAGAGCUUAUUUGAAGAAAACGAGCAACUUCAAGCAGAAAUAACUAGAACUGUGAAGGAGCGAACUUAUUUCGAGGACAAUCUAAAAGAAUUGGAUUUACGCUGCCAAACCUUAGCGGAGGACGUCAGACGAGUCAAGGCUGGAAAAGAAGAGAUUGAAAAUAAGCUUGGAGCUCAAGUUGAGCAGUUGAAGGCAGAGAUAACUGAGAGAAAUGAUCGCAUAGAAGAAUUAAGCAAAAGCCUCGAUGCGCUGAAAAUGAAAUACGAGAUACUGAUGGCUGAAAAAGANAAAUUACGAAUGAAAUUCGAGAGAGAGAAAAAAGAGGCUUCUAAGCUGCGAGACUGGAUUGCUAGGUAUAAAUCCAAUCUUGCUGACCGUGAUCAAGAAAUCAGAGGAUUGAAUGAAGCAGUAUCAAACGCUAAUAAGAGCUUAUUUGAAGAAAACGAGCAACUUCAAGCAGAAAUAACUAGAACUGUGAAGGAGCGAACUUAUUUAGAGGACAAUCUAAAAGAAUUGGAUUUACGCUGCCAAACCUUAGCGGAGGACGUCAGACGAGUCAAGGCUGGAAAAGAAGAGAUUGAAAAUAAGCUUGGAGCUAAAGUUGAGCAGUUGAAGGCAGAGAUAACUGAGAGAAAUGAUCGCAUAGAAGAAUUAAGCAAAAGCCUCGAUGCGCUGAAACUGAAAUACGAGAUACUGAUGGCUGAAAAAGACAAUCUUAAUGCUAAGAUUGCUGCACUUUCUGCAGAGAUAAAUUCUAAAGAAGACCGAGUGGAUAAAAUGAAUGUUGAAUUGAUCGCUGCACACGAACUGGCAGAGGAUCUUCGUUCGCGAGUUAAAGAAUUGGAAAUAGAGGUGAAGAAAAGGCGAGAAAUUAUUAUGGAAGGGCGGAAGAGAAACGAGAAGCAAUUAGGCAGCUUUGCUUCUCACUCGAGCACUACCGGCGUGGGUAUCAUCAACUUCGCCAGGCUGUUAUAUGGCACAAGCGAUUACCUGUGA